AUGGUUGAUGUUAAAUGUGAUCCUCUUCAGGAAGCUGUUAUGAAAGUGUUUCAAAGAGCAUUGCAGUAUUGUGAUCCGAAGAAGGUGCAGCUGGCUUUAUUGGGUGUGUAUGAACGGACUGAGCAGCACAAGCUGGGUGAUGAGCUGCUAGAGAAAAUGGUGAAGAAGUUCAAGCAUUCCUGCAAGGUUUGGCUGAGGCGUAUACAGUGGGCAUUAAACCAAAACCACGACAACAGUCAGUCUAUUGUAAACUGUGCUCUCGUAUGUCUGCCCAGGCAUAAGCACAUAAAAUUUAUAACACAAACAGCAAUUCUGGAGUUUAAAUGUGGGGUGGCUGAUAGGGGAAGAUCCAUGUUUGAAAGAAUGCUUAAGGAGUAUUCAAAACGAACCGACUUGUGGAGUGUUUAUCUUGAUCAGGUAUGCUCGUCUCAACAUCAAAGGAGGAAAGGAGGUUCUUUGAUAGGGAAUUAUAGGGAGAGUAAUGGGAAAAAGAGCAAUGUGGCACGUAGUUUCACCUUCAAGGAACUCGCAAUAGCCACCCAAAAUUUUAAGAAAUCCAAUAUACUAGGAGAAGGUGGCUUCGGGAGCGUGUACAAAGGCGUCUUCGACUCCCAAUUGGCAAGCGAUCCAACCCUGAUUAGCUAG